UAAUCAUCUAUCGAAAGCAAAUUACAAGGAAUUAAUUUAGGGAUUGAGAAAGAAUUGAUUUAGUUUUUUCGAAAUAAUUAAAAAGAUAAAAUAAAUCUCCAGAGAGAGAGAGAGAGAGGGGGGGGGGGGGGGGGGGAGAAAAGGGAGAGGGAAGAAGAGAGAGAAGGCACCACCCUUUGGCCCUGGAGAGACCAAAGAUGGUCGAAGAGAGAAAACUCUGAGAUCAUCAUCAUCAUCCUGCAAAAACAAAAAAAGAAUCGAUUUUUUUUUAAAGAUAUAAAAAAUUGGAUUUGUUUUAUUUUAUUGAUAUCGAUUUCUGGGGAUAUUUUGAUUUCUUAUUCCCACCCAACAACAUUCUCUUGCACUACCCGCUUUUUGGUUUCUUCUUUUUUUUCUAUUUUUUUUCCAGAAAGAUAUCAAUACACAUUGUACGCAUUCUCCUUUUACAGUAUUAAGAUACAACGGAGCUGUAUAGAGAUCCAGAGAUGAACACUGUGACAAAAAGGGUUUUGUGAAAUUCAUUUUCAAGCCUCGAAAAAAUGAUGAAGGACCCUGAUAUUCGAGAAUUUUCUGCUUUCUGUACAUUGUAAUAUAUUUUUUGUUCGUUGCUUUGUUUCUGGGAAAUGGGUAUUUUGGAUUUUAAUUUGUAAUUAGGAAAAAAUAAAAAAUUAGUAUAGUGUUUGUUGUAAAAACCUUAUAAUGGGUGGUGGAUUCCACUACUCUUGUUUCCUCUUCUUGAUCAUUUUCCUUCAAGCUCCUCUUCUCUCAUUGUCCAUCAAUUCUCAAGGAUUUGCAUUGUUGAAAUUCCGGGAAAGAGUGAACUCGGAUCCUCAUGGAACUUUUGCAAAUUGGAAUGUUUCUGGUAAUAAUGAUCUUUGCUCCUGGUCAGGGGUGACUUGUGAUGACGGUAAAGUGCAGAUUCUGGAUCUUAGCGGAUGUUCCUUGGAAGGAACGUUAGCUCCUGAGCUUAGCCAAUUAAGUAACCUAAGAUCUCUAAUACUCUCCAGGAACCAUUUCUCCGGUGGAAUACCAAAGGAGUAUGGGAGUUUAUCAAAUCUGGAAGUCUUGGAUUUGAGAGACAAUGACUUGAGCGGACAGAUUCCACCUGAGCUAAGCAAUGACUUGUCGCUAAAACACUUGUUGCUUUCUGGUAACAAACUUAUGAGUGGUAUGAGAAUAAAGAUCAUGAGACUUCAAUCGCUCUAUGAAGUCCGGUUAAACAAGAAUCCAAAGUUCUCUCCUUUUGCUGUUCUUGGCUGUGCAAAUAGAAAACUUGGACACUGUGUUUCAAGAAACCGUAUCAUCCGAGUAAAAAAGAUAGAAUCUUUUGUAUUACGGAUCAAAGCAACUUCCAGGCGUUUCUUGAAAGCAUUCCCAAGUACUGAUGAUAUCUUCAAACGUCGUGAGUUACUCGAGGAGACAAGUAAUUUGGCGGCUGAGACUGCUCCUCCUUCUCCUAGUCCUUCUCCGGGGAUUAUAACUGAAGCUUCUCCUCGAAGCAGCGGGUCUUUCCCUGCAGUAACUAACGCAAAGAAGAGAACACCGCCUUUAGUCCUUCCUUUACCUUCUCCUGAUGAAGACACUAACUCUGACUCCUCCAAGAAUCCGCCACAAGAUGAUAAGAAACAGACGAAAGGAUCGAAACAUGUAUGGCUCUAUGUGGCUAUCGCGGUUGCUUCUUUACUCGGUUUACUGAUCAUAGCCGCGGUUAUAUUCUUCUGCCGGAAAAGAGCUGUGAAGAGCAUUGGUCCUUGGAAAACUGGUCUUAGUGGACAGUUGCAGAAAGCUUUUGUUACCGGGGUACCGAAGCUGAAUCGGACUGAGCUGGAAACAGCGUGUGAGGAUUUCAGCAACAUCAUCGAGACGUUUGACGGUUACACUGUGUAUAAAGGAACUCUGUCGAGUGGUGUUGAGAUAGCUGUGGCUUCGACGGCGAUUUCCGAAUCUAAAGAAUGGACAAGAGCCAUGGAAAUGGCAUAUCGUAGAAAGAUUGAUGCACUGUCAAGGAUCAACCACAAGAACUUUGUGAAUCUGAUUGGAUACUGUGAAGAAGAUGACCCUUUUAAUAGGAUGAUGGUCUUCGAGUAUGCACCAAACGGAACCCUUUUCGAACACUUACACGAUAAGGAGAUGGAGCAUCUUGAUUGGAGCGCACGGAUGAGGAUAAUAAUGGGAACUGCUUAUUGUCUGCAACAUAUGCACGAGAUGAACCCUCCCAUGGCGCAUUCCGACUUCAACUCAUCGGAAAUCUACUUAACCGAUGACUACGCAGCAAAGGUCUCGGAGAUUCCUUUCAACUUAGAGGCGAGGUUAAAUCCGAAAAAGCAAGUCAGUGGUGACUUGGAGCAAGCAUCAUUGCUACUACCUCCAGAGCCAGAGACUAACGUACAAAGCUUCGGACUCUUAAUGCUCGAAAUCAUCUCUGGGAAGCUCUCUUAUUCAGACGAAUACGGAUCUAUCGAACAAUGGGCAUCGAAAUAUCUGGAGAACGACGACUUAGGAGAGAUGAUAGAUCCAUCGUUAAAGACAUUCAAAGAAGAAGAGCUUGAAGUGAUCUGUGAUGUGAUACGAGAAUGUCUGAAGCCGGAGCAGAGACAUCGACCUUCAAUGAAAAAUGUAGCGGAACAACUAAAAGAAGUCAUCAACAUAACUCCAGAGAAAGCUACUCCAAGAUCCUCUCCUCUUUGGUGGGCAGAGCUCGAGAUCUUGUCCUCUGAAGCUACUUGACCAGACAGAGAGAGGGUUUUCUCUCAAUCAAACCGAUCAGAGGUGUACUCUUUCUUAUUCAUUUAAUGCUCUUUCUCUCUAUACGUUGUACCAAAACUGUUUUUUCUUCUUCUGGUUUCUUGUAUCAGUUUUUCUUUAUAUACGAGCUUUUGGUUUCUUGAUUCUUCACAUUCAGUUUGUUUUUGAUUAGUGUUUGCUUCUCGAUGGAUUUGAUAUAUACGGAAUUUCG